CCAUGGAGUAACAGCUCCUCAGAACGGGGAGAGGAAAGAGUGUGACACACUUACCAAACAGUAAUGAUACGAAGCCAAGGUUUGAUGACUGUUGUGUGAGGGGGGUAAACCAAGAUGGCCACCCGCCGUAUUCCACUGGUCCUGCUAGCCUGCGGCUCCUUUAAUCCCAUCACCAACCAGCACAUGAGGCUGUUUGAGCUGGCCAGAGACCACAUGCACAGCACAGGCCAGUACCAGGUGGUGGGUGGCAUCGUGUCUCCAGUCAGUGAUGGCUACGGAAAGCAAGGCCUGGUUCUGGCUCAGCACCGUAUCGCCAUGGCAAAGCUGGCGCUGCAGAGCUCCGACUGGGUCACGGUUGAUGAAUGGGAGAGCCAGCAGGCAGACUGGACAGAGACCGUGGUCACCAUGAGGAAUCAUUAUGGCCGUAUCUUGAAGGAGUAUGAGCGGAGCACAGGAGAGAACAAAGACUCCAGUGGAAACCCCUCUCCCCUCUCGAGCCCCUGUCCCCAGUUGAAGCUCCUGUGUGGAGCUGAUUUCCUCGACACUUUCCAGGUCCCUGACCUGUGGCUGGACGACCACGUUGAAGAGGUGGCGGGACAUUUCGGACUCAUCUGCGUCAGUCGGGGGGGGCUUCAUCCCGAGCAAGCCGUGGCCGCGUCAGACACACUCUCGCGCCACAGUCAUAACAUUUUCCUGGUGAGGGAAUGGGUGAGAAACGAGACGAGCGCCACUGAGGUCCGCCGGGCUCUGAGACGGGGCCUGAGCGUGAAAUACUUGAUCCCAGACUCUGUGAUAGAAUAUAUUCACCAGCACAACCUCUACACGGAGGACAGCGAGAGGAGAAAUAAGGGCACAGUGCUGAGGCCGCUCGCCAAACAAGCAACACAGCCAGGGAAGAAUGUAAAUGUUGCCGUCAGGAAAAUCGCCACCUUGUUGAAGCCUGAUAAGGACAUUUCCCACGAUGGGGACCACAUAGUCAUCAAAACCCUUAGCACAUUCAAAAACUACAACAUGGACUUCCAUGUGGGCAAGGAGUUUGAGGAGGAUCUGUCUGGAGUGGAUGACAGGAAAUGCAUGACCACCAUCUCUUGGGAUGGAGACAAGCUGGUGUGUGUGCAGAAGGGAGAGAUAGAAGGGAGAGGCUGGACCCACUGGGUGGAUGGAGAUGAGCUUCAUCUGCAAUUGGGCAGUCAGCUGUCCAACUUACUUGCUCAUUCUUUGCUGCUGCUGCUCGCUCUACGGUUCAGCGUCCUGCCGCUUUUUGUGCAUUCACAACCUGCCAAUCCCUGCAUCUACCUGCAGGCUCUGAUUAUUCUACACACACAGACAUCAGCGUCACCAGCUGCCAUCAUGCCUGCAGACUUCAGUGGGAAAUGGAUACUGGAGAGCAAUGACAUAUUUGAGGAGUAUUUGAAAGUGUUGGACAUUGACUUUGCUACAAGGAAAAUUGCCAUCUCCCUGUCUCAGACCAAAGUUAUAUCCCAAGAUGAAGACAAGUUUACCGUCAAAACGCUGAGCACCUUCAGGAAUUAUGAACUCUCCUUCACUGUAGGGGUAGAGUUUGACGAGCACACCAAGGGACUAGACAACCGUAACAUCAAGUGUCUUGUGACCUGGGAGGGGGACAAGCUGGUGUGCACGCAGAAAGGAGAGAAGGCUAACCGUGGCUGGAAACACUGGAUCGAAGGAGACAAACUCUUCCUGGAGCUGACGUGUGAAGAUGUAGUUUGUGUGCAGGUGUUCAAGAGAAAAGCAUAAACGGAAAUAUCUGGGUUUUUUGUAUUUGCACAUACUCCUCAAUAACAUGUUUUCCCAAACGUAUGAACAAAAUGAAUAAAGUG